UCUGCCGUGUGUAAACAGCACAAGAACCUUCAGUCUACUCCGAGUGAGGCCAUGGAUGCGAAUCGUAGCAAGUUCUGUUGGGAGACGACAUUUUUCUUGCUCCUGCUUCUUCUAGUCCUUGGACCCUCUAACAACUGCAGGGACGUCAAGUUUGAUCCCAGGCGACUCCUCAGGGCUAAGGCUUCCUUUGGAAAGCUGAUGCGUGCUUGUAAAGUCGAAUUCGAUGCUGCCAUUGCAGCGACACCUCAGGACGGAAAUCACAAGCGGGUUGACUUUUUCUGCGACCUCUACUCAUCCUGUGUUGGCACAGUCCCUGAGAACACAACAGUUAAUGUAUUCUCCUGCAUGAGGGACAUGAUGCUGGAUAAAGAGUUGCAGCCCGACAUCCUGAGCGAAGGUGGCUCACCGUACACUAAGCUUAUAGACAACGUAUUUCUCUGCGCCAACCGCACUGUGGUAAACGAUCUGAGCGUCGAGGACCUGGAAUUUGCUUUAUCAUUCAUCAAGCGCUUCAUGUAUCGCUUUGGAUGAUUCAAGGUACAGUGGUGAGAAGCAUGAGGCGACCACCAAUAAAGCA